GCCCGUCGACGAUGGUUUACCGAAAUCCGCACUUUUAAUCCAAUUUAACAACAUCGAACCAAUAGCAAAAAAAUAACGCAAAUAACAAUGCAUUUGCCCCAAGGAGCAUUAAGCUUUCUGUUCGUCACAUGCAUGAUGUUCGCACUGGCAGGCGGCCAUCCAUCAAGCGACAAGCUGAAGAUCCGAAUACACGUGCCGGUGAAGCACCACACACAUGUGCACACGAAGACGGUCAUUAAGAAGGUACCGCUGCCCAUUCCGGUGCCGGUGAAGGAGCACCACCACGAGCCGAAGAAGCACCACAGUAGCCGCAGUCACCACCACCACCACCAUCACGAGGACGACCAGGACGACGACUUCGAGGGAUACGAGUAUCCCAUCAAGGCCAAGCGGCGCACGCGGCAUCCCUUUGUCUGAAAGCCCAAACGAAAACCCACUCAACCACCCAUCCAAGCCCACUCAACUCUCCACCCACUCGGCGGGGGAAAUAAAAUCAAAUGAAAUACAAUU